GGCGAGAGCAAGGUAAGGGGAGAUUCGAGCGGUUCCUCAGGCCAAGAGAGGAGACCAUCAUGGCGUCGAGAGCGUCAAUCGUUCUCCUCGUGCUGGGUCUCCUGGCGGCCUGCCGUAGCUACGAGAUGACGAUGCUCGAGGAUGUCGUUGGAGAGUACGACUUCAGAAUGUUCAGGGACCUCUUUGUCAACACGACGAAGCAGCUCACGCAGUCCAUCAGUCAGCUGCAAGAAAACGCUGCGAAGAGCAACACGCUGCAGGACCUGAUGGACGCCGUCGAGGAGCUGAACGAGUCCUUGGCGACGCUGACGGAGCACACCACUUCGGUCAGGGACUCCGUCAACAACGCCGCCGACAGCACCACCACCGAGCUGCAGAAGUUCCAGAACCAGGUCCUGCACAAGCUUUCCGACGUGAAGCUCCUGGUGGAGGCGAAGACGAAGGAAAUGGAGGACACCGUGUCAAGGUUCACCAGGCUGUCCCACAACCUCAUGGCCGGAGACUGCCAGGACUUGUACGACAUGGGCUUCAACGCCUCUGGAGUGUACUUCCUGCAGAAGUUCGGACGGCAGGUCCUCUGCGACAUGGAGUCUGGCGACGGCGGUUGGCUUGUCAUCCAACGCCGUGCAAAGGUGGUUGAUCAGGUCGACUUCAACCAGGACUGGCACGAGUACAAAGCGGGUUUCGGAGACCUGGAGAGCGAGUUCUGGGCUGGGAACGACUUCCUGCACGUCCUCACCAACCAGAAGACAUACAAGGUCUACAUAGACAUGGUCGACUUUGAAAAGGGACCUUACUGGGCCUCUUACAACAACUUCCGCGUUGGUAGUGAAAGGUCUGGCUACCAACUCGACAUUGGAGAGUAUUCUGGAAAUGCAACGGAUGCCUUCACUUACCAUCAUGGUCGCGCUUUCACGUCAAACGAUCGGGAUAAUGACCUUUACGCCAGUGGCAAUUGUGCUUCUUUCUUUUCUGGUGGAUGGUGGUACGACAGGUAAGUGAUAAAACGUUUCU